AUGACUUGGAGUUCUCUUUUCAAAGGCAUCCGAGGAAGCUGGUUUGUCUAUGUAGAUGUUGAGAAUGGUGAUGUGGUAACCAUUCAAGCUGAUGCUCCAUCGGUUUCCAUGGACACCGACGACUCAGCUCCGUUCCAGCCGACACAACCAGCCGACACUGCUCAGAACUUUGGCCCUGAGAAUGUGCAACAACCUCCAUUAAGCUCUUCAGGUAUUCCUCAAGAGAAGUUUGCGUCGUCGUCUCAGAGUGAUCUUGAUGUUCUUGUUAACUCAGUAGCGACAUCUCAUGAGAACGGUGACAAAGUCUUUGACAAGGACGAUGUUACAGUAGAUGCUGAUGAGGGUAAGUCUGUGGAAUCUACCAAGGAGAGGAAGAAGAAGUCAAAAAGGGCCAACACCAUUUGUGAGGUUUCUUCUGGUGCAGAGAUUGUUGAACCUGUGAAAGUUGCAGAGACUGUGUGUAAGGAUUUGGAAAGCAAAGUUGAAGAUUCUGCAGCUGAGUUUCGCUUACUGAAACCAGGGAGAAUUCCGCUCUGUUAA